UACGUAUGUUAUUAUGUUGAAUUUGAAAAAUUUAUUAGUCCGCUUGGACAAAUUAAAUUAGAUAUCAAUUCAAAAUUUUCAUUGAUUGUCUUUUUAAGUGAUUAAGUAUUUAUCGAUAAUUACGGUUGUAUAUAAAGAAAGUUAGAUUAUUCUGAUUGGACAAAUUAAAUUACAUAUCAAUUCCUAAUUUUAAUUGAUUGAUUUUUUAUAAUCAUUAAUCAUUCAUCUGCAAUUACGGUUGUAUAUAAAGAAAGUUAGAUUUAAAACUGAGUUACGGCUUUACACCUUCAAUCUACUUCAAAAACUAAUAUUUUUAAAUCUACUUCAAUUACACCUAACCAAUUACACAAGUUUUUUUGGGAAAAAAAGUACAUUAUAUAAAUCUGCAUAAUUUUAUUCAAUAUUUUAUUAUAUCUAAUAUUUGUGACUAUUUUUUUUAUUUUAUAAUAUCUAUAGAUUAAAGUAAUAAUCUCUUUUAAUCACUCAUGCCGCGCAGGGCGCAGAUUAUUAAGUUAAAGACCAACUUUGAAUUGUUAACUACGUCAAAUUUAGAAUGGAAAGUGAUUGUCACUGAUUGAUUUUUACAUUUAAUUUGAUUGACCAGCACCAUAUUAAUUUCCUAUAAUACAACAAUCAAAUAGUGUACGAUAAGGAACAAAUGAAGUAAUAUAUUCAGAUUUUGAUUUGAAAUAGAAAAUUUGAUUAUGACAAUUAAUGAUAGCGAGUAUACCCUAGACCUAGACGCCUUGCAUAUAUAAAUACUAGGCUUUAUAUCUACAUCUCCUCACCAUUCUCUCCUUCUCAAAACAUCUAUACCACUACGAUCUAGCAUUCACAACAGUCAUGGAAUUGUUUAACCAUCAAUUUCUAAUUUAUUUUUGUUUUCUUAUAUUUUGUUUCUGAAGGGUUUUAUUAGUUUAUUGCUUAUGUUUCAUUUUAUUUCUAUUUAAUAAUUUAUUUAUAUUAGUAUUUGCUUACUCUUAUUAUUUAUUAAUUCGCUUCCACGACCUAUAAUUCAAUUAAACAAACAAAAAUACAAGUUAAAGAAAAACGAAGAUUAAAUGGUUAGUGAAUGGUUAGUGAAACGCAUAAUUUUCUUUAAAGUUUUUAAAAUAUGUAGUAUUUCUUUCUAUGAUUUCUACCUUUAUAAUAACUAUUAAUUAAAAGUGAUAAAAUUUUUAGAUCUACUCACUCCGCGCAGAGCGCGGGUUAUCACCUAGUUAGUAAAUAAAGUGAUUCUUCCUGUCAAAACUUUUCAGCUGCAGUUGCAGACCUCCAAAAAGUUUGUCUCGAAACUUCCUUGCAACACAACUCUUUCAGACAUUAAAAAAAAAAAAACUCUUUUAAGACAUGAUCAUCCAUCAAGCUACACACAUACACUUUAAAAAAAUAUAGGUUGAUAUCUGUGAAUCGUCUUUGCGUGCAGUCACUGUUUUGUCCUGUUAAAGCAAAUCUGAUCUUUGGAGUGUCAGAAAGAAACGUAUCUUAAAUCCAUCACUAGUCAUAUUACAAAACAUGUUCUGUCUUGGACCCACCUACGUGCAUAUAUACACACUUUUAGCUUCAGAACAGUCACUUCAAAUCCACCAAAUCUCAAAUAGCAAAUGGAGAGAACAUUUCUCGCAUUGUUAAUCCUCCUCUUCCUCUGCUUCUCCAUCUCAUCAGAUUCCACGGAGCUCAGGCCAUCAGCAAGCUUACUCGACCAAAAACAAGUCCAUGGGGCUACAGUUAAAGACAUAAAAGGAGAGGAAAAAGAAGACAAGAGCAUAUACAUCUUCAGGGCAGGGAAAGGAGCUCAUGGUCAUGGGUUUAAAGGUGGAAGAGGUGGAGGCCGGAAAGCAUCUCCCAAACGUAACGCUGCCAUGGACCACCGGCCACCGUUGUUCUUCUCGGCCGUCUCCAUUCUUUUCACAGGCUUUAUAAUGCUCUCAUUAGGUCCAUUCGACAUGUUGAUAAGAUGACUAUGUUGUGUGCCUAAAUGUUUCAACUUGAGAGUUAACAUGUGUUACUCAGAAAACUUCAAAUUUUAUUAUACCUUAUACGGAACUUAAGUACUAUUGUAUUA